AUGGCACUGCAGCUGCAAAUCGAGAAGCUCAAGGGUUUGGACAACUACAAGGCCUGGUCGAUGACGGUGCGGGCGUAUCUGGAGUCCGAGGAACUUUGGACGGUGGUGGAGAAUGGUCCCGAGAACAACGAGGAGUCCCUGCUGAAGGACAAGCGAGCCAAGUUCUUGAUUCUCUGCCUGAUCGAGACCAAGCUCUGCCAAUUCAUGGUCAGCAUCCGAACGGCCCGGGAUCUGUGGAACUAUUUGCGCACCCAGCAUUCGCUGCGCUAGAAUCAAAUUGACCAGUUUCAGGUUAAUGUAUUACAAAUAUAUAUGAAUUACAGUUUA